UCCCCUUGCUGGUCCCCAAUAGCGGCCGUCUUCACUUUCCUGCCCCCGCGCUCUCCCUACCUCGUUCGGACGACCUAUGCCUAUGCAGUGCAGAGAGGAGCGGCGCGUCGAGGGAGCAGCCACGGAGCUGGAUCUGGCUUCGCGCCGCGCUCCCGCGGUCGGCCCUUGGCCGGCAGGAGCUCGUUGGCGUCCGGCAGCGAGAGGCGCGCUUCCACGAGGCUCCUCCCACCCGUCCAGCACCAAGAGCUCCUCAGGGCGGCCCCGGCUCUGCUCUCGCAUCGAGAUCUUGCUGGGAGCUGGACCUCUUCCUCGCGACCUCGCCUAAUAGGGGAACUAGAAGAGUCCCUCGACAACAAAUCGAUGGAGGUGGCGGCGGGUCGGUGAUGCGGCUGUGCGGUCGAGGGAUUUCGCCGUACAGCAGCUUGACGAGACAACGAUCAAGAUUCAAGAACACGAGCCGUCAAAGGAGCUGCAGCUUUGCAUAUGGUUAAAGGAAGAGGAGGCGACGAAAUCCUCCUCCUCUGAAGCUGCCGAGCAGCUGAGACAUUGAGGGCAGGCGCACACAGUCAGGCUUUUUCUCUUUCUUGGGCCAUUUUACCGGUACUACUCAUUAGGCCAGAAGUGCAAUCUGUUCUCGGCCGAUCUGUUUGACAUUGGAUAUAUCAAUCGUACAGUUCCUCUCCUCUGCAGUUCUUUCUCUGCACGAGGUUCCUCUCAAACUGAGCACCCCACCCACAAUAAUAUGGACUAUUGUGGGCAAGUUUGGAAACAUUGCAAAAGCACAGCGAUGUUGAACUCUCCUUUCCAGUCUUUCGCACCCAGAAAGGUUGGACUUACUGGUUCAUCUUCCAUGCUUACUGAUUUUUGGCAAUCAGAAGAAGACUUUUGUGUGUCACUUUCCGGCACACCAAACAACCGAUUAGUAUGCUUUAAUGGGCAUGGGGUCUCAUUUAACAAUAGGAGAAACGCUUCACCAUCUCCUACUGGGAUGUGCCUUGAGAAGAUCGGUAAUGGAUCCUAUCUUAACAUGGUUGGUCACCCUGAUGGGUCUAGCAAAGCCUUCUUCUCCAGACAAGAUGGGAAGAUAUGGUUGGCCACAGUUCCUGAACAAGGAACGACAGACAGCCUACAACUUGAUGAGACAAUCCCAUUUCUUGAUCUUGCAACUAAAGGUCACCUCAGUUCGGACCUUGGACUCGUGGCUGUGGCAUUUCAUCCGGAAUUUGUAAUCAAUGGACGCUUUUUUGUUUCGUACAUUUGUGAUGGAACUCUAUCAUCCAACUGUUCUGGUAGGUGUUCCUGUGAUCUUGAAGUGGGGUGCGAUCCUUCAAAGAUCGGCUCUGAUAAUGGUGUUGAACCUUGCCGGUACCAACUAGUUAUCUCAGAAUAUUCAGCAAAAGGUUCAUCAUCAAGCUUUUCCGAGGCAACAUUUGCCGAUCCAUCGGAGGUCAGAAGGGUCUUUUCAAUGGGGUUGCCAUACGUUUCUAACCAUGCGGGUCAGCUCCUUUUUGGACCUAAUGAUGGAUGCCUGUACUUCUUUACUGGAAAUGGCGGGAUCAGGGGCGACCCCUUCAACUUCUCCCAGAAUGGAAAAUCUCUUUUAGGAAAAGUCUUGCGACUUGACGUUGAUGAACUUCCAGAGAUGAAUGAGGUUGCUAACCAAAGCUUAUGGGGUAACUAUACCAUUCCAAAAGACAAUCCCCAUACUGGUGAUAGUAACUUACAGCCAGAAAUUUGGGCCUGGGGUCUUGAAAACCCAUGGAGGUGCAGCUUUGACUCCGUGAGGCCUUUCCACUUGUACUGUGCGGAUGAUGGCCAGGAACAAUACAAAGUGGUAGAUUUGAUAUCCAAGGGUGGAAACUACGGGUGGAGUGCUGCGCAUGAGGACCAGGAUAUUCACUAUCCACCUUGGGCUUCUCAAGGAACCAAACCAACAAAUGGCAUCUUUUUCCCAAUAAUGGGCUAUACGGUUCCUUCUACCACCAAAUAUGCAGCGAUAGUUGGUGGGUAUGUGUACCGCGGGUCUGCUGACUCUUGCUUGUAUGGAAGGUACCUAUUUUCUGAUAUGUACUCUUGUGCCAUGUGGACUGGCACGGUUAACACCGAUGGCAGUGGUAAAUAUAUCUCUGAUUCCAUCCAGUUGAGCUGUUCUGAGAAGACACCACUUCCUUGUGAUUGGUCCACCAACAGCCCUCUCGACCGAAUAUUCUCGUUUGGUGAGGAUAACAAGCAAGAUGGCUUCAUCUUGGCAAGCCAAGGUGUCUACCGGAUUGUCCAGGCUAGCCUUUGUGACUAUGUUUGUGUUAAUGAUGCAACCGCAAAACAAGUGACAGCUUCUAUUUCUGGUGGUAGGCAAGGAAUGCCAACAUUUCUAAAAGUGCUAAUAGCUGUGCUGUCAGUUUUGGGCGCAUCUGGAGCUAUCUAUUUCGUUCGGAAAUGUUUUUGCAAUAACUCAGCCAUAUGCUGCAACGACAUAGAGACUAUGCUGGUGGUGCAGAGAUAGUCCUUCCUUGCCGACCGCAACCAAAGCGGUCGCUAGUUACUUUUUUAUAUAUUUUCUAAAAAAAAGAUGUUGUGUUUAUUCAGUGAACCUCAUGUUUGUAUAGUAUAUCGUUGGUCGGUUUCUUUCUACAUUCUUUGUUACAAGCAUCUGAAGAUUUCUGUAACUACAUUUUGAAAUUGGAAUAUGAAGACCAUACGUUAGUUUUUUUUU